GGCCCGUGCGCUGUGUCUCCACCGUGCCCUGCAUCCCUCAUCCCACAUCCGCCGCGCUCCCCGAUUCCUCACAAACGCCGGUGCCCAUCAUGGGGAAGCCCACGAGCUCGGGAUGCGACUGGCGCCGCUUCCUGCGGAAUCACUGGCUGCUGCUCUCCACCGUGGCCGCCGUGGUACUGGGCAUCGUGGUAGGAGUCUUGGUUCGAGGACACAGUGAGCUCUCGAAUCUGGAUAAAUUCUACUUUGCGUUUCCUGGAGAAAUUCUGAUGCGGAUGCUGAAGCUCGUCAUUCUGCCACUGAUUAUAUCCAGCAUGAUCACAGGUGUCGCUGCACUGGAUUCCAACGUAUCUGGAAAAAUUGGUCUUCGUGCUGUAGUAUAUUAUUUCUCCACCACCGUCAUUGCUGUAAUCCUAGGUAUUGUGUUAGUUGUGAGCAUCAAGCCUGGUGUCACUCAGAAAGUGAAUGAAAUCAACAGGACAGGCAAAACCCCUGAAGUCAGCACUGUGGACGCCAUGUUGGAUCUGAUCAGGAACAUGUUCCCUGAGAACCUGGUCCAAGCCUGUUUUCAGCAGUACAAAACCAAGCGUGAAGAAGUGAAGCCUGCCAGUGAUCCUGGGGGGAACCAGACAGAGGUGUCUGUCACCACGGCCAUGACAACAAUGUCUGAGAACAAGACAAAGGAAUACAAAAUCGUGGGCCUGUACUCAGACGGCAUCAACGUCCUGGGCCUGAUUAUCUUCUGCCUCGUCUUUGGACUUGUCAUUGGAAAAAUGGGAGAAAAAGGGCAGAUUCUGGUGGAUUUCUUCAAUGCGUUGAGUGACGCCACCAUGAAAAUCGUUCAGAUCAUCAUGUGUUACAUGCCGAUCGGUAUUUUGUUCCUAAUCGCUGGGAAGAUCAUAGAAGUUGAAGACUGGGAAAUAUUCCGCAAGUUGGGCCUUUAUAUGGCCACUGUCCUGAGUGGGCUUGCAAUCCACUCCCUCGUAGUGCUGCCACUGAUCUAUUUCAUAGUCGUGCGGAAGAACCCUUUCCGCUUUGCCUUGGGCAUGGCGCAGGCUCUCCUGACAGCUCUCAUGAUCUCAUCUAGCUCGGCAACCCUUCCAGUUACAUUCCGCUGUGCGGAAGAAAAGAACCACGUGGACAAGAGGAUCACAAGAUUUGUGCUGCCCGUCGGCGCCACCAUCAACAUGGACGGCACUGCGCUCUAUGAAGCCGUGGCAGCUGUGUUCAUUGCGCAGCUGAACGGCAUGGACCUGAGCAUUGGGCAGAUCAUCACGAUCAGCAUCACAGCCACCGCUGCUAGCAUUGGAGCUGCCGGUGUGCCCCAGGCUGGCCUGGUGACCAUGGUGAUCGUGUUGAGUGCCGUGGGGCUGCCUGCUGAGGACGUCACCCUCAUCAUUGCCGUCGACUGGCUCCUGGACCGGUUCAGGACCAUGGUGAACGUUCUGGGUGAUGCGUUUGGGACGGGCAUCGUGGAGAAGCUGUCCAAGAAGGAGCUGGAGCAGGUGGAUGUCUCCUCUGAAGUCAACAUUGUGAACCCCUUUGCCUUGGAGCCCACAAUCCUGGAUAAUGAAGACUCAGAUACGAAGAAGUCUUACGUCAAUGGGGGCUUCUCGGUAGACAAAUCUGACACCAUCUCGUUCACUCAGACCUCGCAGUUCUAGAUGCCUGGCCUUAGAUGCCUGGGACUGUGAAGGGCAUCUCCGAGGGAGCCAUCUCUUAGCCAACUCCAGCGUUAAGGAGCGAGAAGGACACAAAGAAUCAACUGUACAUUUAGUUUGAUAAACAGACCUCCAGAUUAUUUUCUA